UCGACCUUGCUGACACCUGACCUGUGGACUAAGGUUGCGUUCCGACGGGAAAAGCGAUAAGAUAAGGUCAGCGCUGUUCCGUUCGUUGGCCAGUCACGGAGAAGUGUCGAGGUCGAGUAGUAGUUCCUUUUCGCUGGAGUGUGAGUGCGAGUGAUGGUGAGACGGACAUGGAAACUCCUCUGUUUUGGAGGGCUGCUCUUUGUUGUUUAUUACGUGUGUUUUUCUUCUACAGAGAUGCUACGAGGCCAGAGGGACGGAGGUGAUGGACAGCGGGAUCUGGAGGAGGAAGACAACCGCACCCUGAGGCUCGAUCAGGGCCGAAGAGGUCCCGUGGGCACCCAGGAGAAUCCGCUGUUCGUUCUCAUCCUGAGUUCGCUCCCCCGAAGCGGCUCGACCAUGCUGUCCGAAGCCCUCUCGACUCUUCCGGGUUCGGUGCUGUUCUUCGAGCCCCUCUGGAUCCAGGAGAAGGAGGGCUGCAUUCGCGAGGAAGGUUGCGUCGCUGACUUUUUGAUGAACGCUUUCAAAUGCACGUACGAAGAUGCGUUCGAAGAGUGGCUGCGGAGCAAGACGCUUUUCUUCGACUUCUUUCAUCGAGACGUCAGAAAAUGUGCCUACGAAAGUAAGGAAAAUAAAGAACGAUGUUUAUCCCAAAUUGAUGUCCGCGCUAUGUGCCGAGGCGCUCCCGUGAGGCUCAUGAAGGUCAUCCGCGCGAGGCUCGCGUUCCUGGAGACGUACGUGAGGGACGCGGACAACUUUAAGGUCAUCUACUUGACCCGAGAUCCGAGAGGAUCCCUCAACUCCAUCGCGAGGUUCAAGUCGUGGAACCAAGACCCUCACGAGCGGUGCCAGAGCCUCGAGGACGACCUCGCUACCUACGAACUCUUCUCGGAGAUCUACCCUUCGAAGGUCUUCCACGUCAAGUACGAGGACUUUUGCCUCCACCCGGAGAACAAGACUUCGGAGAUCCUGUCCUUCCUCACGGGGAACCACACGAUCCCCCAAGGACUUCGGGACUACCUGGCAGAGCACAUGAGCAGGCGCCGCGGGAACAGGAACAUGAGCACCUUCAAGGAGAGCAGGACGGAGUUCCAGGCGUGGCGAAGCAAGAUCUCCGAAGACCUGCUGAGGAAGGUGGAGAGCGAGCCGGCCUGCGCGAACUCCGUCUUGAAGAUGGACCACAGACUCUUCAGAUCGGCUAAAAUGGCGAGAGAUCUCAACAUCCCUCUGUUUCUGAAAUGAUUGUACAUUUAUAAUGUGUUUUAUUUUCGUCUCUGUAAUGCAUGUAGUCGCGUUUAAAUGAUCUAACGGAACGAAUCCAUAAAAAAGUGAUCGUAGUGACCGUAGACAUCAAUGGUUUACAAUGUGGUUUUCAGAUGAAAUGUAAGAUGUCAGAUGAUGCCAUUCUAAUAGAUAUGUGAAAGACUGACCCCACUGUAUUAUUCAUAGGAUUAUUUUUUACAUAAAGAUAAUUGGGAUUACUACAACAA